CUCAUCAAAACCCUUCCUCCCUCCUUCCGCUUUCGCGUUGCUGAAAACAACCUUUUUGACCCUCUCGAGCCGCCGUCAUAUGUUCCCACCUAUUUACGCGUAAAGAAGGCGUAGCUGCAUCAUGGCGGCGUCCAUGUGAACCUGCGAGGCGUUCUGAUUUUGCAGGCAGGCAUUUAUAGUUGCAUGGUGUGCGGUCUUGUCAAUUGUUUUGUUGAUGUGCAGUAAGUAACAGAUUGACAAGAAAAUGUCUGCUGCCUGCAAUUCUUUCCUUGAAGACAUUGAAGAUAUUGUGUCAGCACAAGAGCCAAAGCCUCACGAGCGGCAGUUCAGGAGGGAAAGCGUUCUUCCCAAAGUACGAAAACGGCAUUCAGAAAAGAAUGUAGAAGCAGAUGACGAUCCUCCCAGCGACAGUGUGAUUCCUGGUGUACAAAAAAUUUGGAUACGCACAUGGGGAUGUUCCCAUAAUAGUUCAGAUGGAGAAUACAUGGCUGGACAGUUGGCUGCUUAUGGAUACAAAAUUACAGAGAAUGCUGCAGAAGCAGACCUUUGGCUACUGAACAGUUGUACUGUAAAAAACCCUGCUGAGGACCACUUCAGAAACUCAAUUAAGAAAGCACAAGAAGGAAGAAAAAAAGUUGUUCUGGCCGGAUGUGUUCCACAAGCCCAGCCACGACAAGCCUACUUACAAGGCCUGAGCAUUAUUGGGGUUCAGCAGAUAGAUCGUGUAGUAGAAGUGGUUGAGGAGACUAUCAAAGGUCACUCAGUGAGAUUGCUGGGUCAGAAAAAAGAUAAUGGAAAACGUUUGGGGGGAGCUCGACUGGAUUUGCCAAAGAUUAGAAAGAACCCACUGAUAGAAAUAAUUUCCAUCAAUACAGGAUGUCUGAACGCAUGUACCUAUUGCAAAACUAAGCAUGCCAGGGGAGAACUGGCAAGUUAUCCUGUUGAAGAGCUAGUAAACAGAGCCAAGCAAUCCUUUCAAGAAGGGGUAUGCGAGAUAUGGCUGACCAGCGAAGACACAGGGGCUUAUGGAAGAGAUAUUGGCAUAGACCUCCCUACUCUCCUGUGGAAACUGGUUGAAGUGAUCCCUGAGGGAGCAAUGCUGCGACUUGGCAUGACAAAUCCCCCCUAUAUUUUAGAACAUUUGGAGGAAAUGGCAAAAAUUCUCAGCCAUCCAAGAGUCUAUGCCUUCCUUCAUGUACCAGUUCAAUCUGCCUCUGACAGUAUACUCAUGGACAUGAAGAGAGAAUAUUGUGUGGCAGACUUCAAAAGGGUGGUGGAUUUCCUUAAAGAGAAAGUGCCUGGAAUAACAAUUGCUACAGACAUUAUUUGUGGGUUUCCAGGGGAAACAGAUGAAGAUUUUCAAGAAACCAUGAAGCUUGUAGAAGAGUACAAAUUUCCAAGUCUUUUUAUUAACCAGUUUUACCCACGCCCUGGGACUCCUGCUGCUAAAAUGCAUCAAGUUCCAGCCCAAAUAAAGAAACAAAGAACAAAAGAAUUAUCCAGAUUGUUUCACUCAUACAACCCAUAUGAUCACAAGAUCGGGGAGAGACAGAAAGUUCUUGUGACUGAAGAAUCAUUUGAUUCCAAAUUUUAUGUUGCUCAUAAUCGAUUCUACGAGCAGGUUUUGGUACCAAAGAGCCCUGCAUUCAUGGGUAAAAUGGUAGAGGUGGACAUUUUUGAAGCUGGAAAGCACUUUAUGAGGGGGCAGCCCGUGUUGGAUGCCAGCGUGUUCACACCAUCUAUUACACGGCCAUUGGCCAAAGGGGAGGUUUCUGGUUUAACAGAGGAGCUGAGACAAGCACUGGAGAACAGCUCAGAAUCAAAAACCUGUCCAUCUGCUGAGAGGCAAACAGCACCAUGGAGCCGCAGGAUGGUGAUGCGGUUGCCUUGGCAACAAGGAGAAACUCUACCGAAGAUGCUGUCACUGAGUGUGGCUCUUCUGGCAGUCCUUAUUGCCUUUUAUUAUGGAGGUGUUUGAGUGGAAAACUGAACUGAAUUAGGAUCACGUCAAGAAACAUAACUAGCCGAUUAAAACCUUCAGAAUCAGAUGCUGGAUACUUCAAGGCCUUACCUUUUACUCACAACCUGGAGAAGACCUCUGCAACUCUGGGGUUCAGUCCUAUUCAUGAUUAGAUAGACAAAAGUCCCUCAAACCCCAGCAUGACUGGCUGGGAAAUGCUUGGGAGUCGUAGGUCUUUUUUCUAAGCAUGCAUAAGAUUGUAUCCUGAGUUGUUGUUUUUCAGGAUCAAAAGUAUUAGUUUGUAUUAAAAACACCCACCUCUUUCCAUUUCUAAAAUAUGUGAUAUCCCUAUUAUGCAUACCAUUUUCAAAAUUAUAACACAAGACAAGUUUUUUAAAAAUUAAGUUAUUUAAGUUUAUUUGUUAAGUCAUGAACAGUUCUCUUGUAUGGUGAUCAUUUGAGAUUUUAUUAAAAAAAAUCUUAAUCACUUUGAACCAUGCCAUA